AUGGGCUCCCACUGGGCCACCUCACUGCUGCUCCUGGCGGCCUGGAGCACGGGCUGUGGUGAGGCCUUCAGGUGCUACGCCUGUUCAAGCCCCACGCCCAUCCACUCGUGCAAGAACAUCACCCAGUGCAAGCAGGAGGACACAGCCUGCAAGACCACACUGGAGACCGUGGAGGCAGAGUACCCCUUCAACGGGAGCCCCAUGGUGACGCGCUCCUGCUCCAGCUCCUGCCUGGCCACGGACCCCGACAGCAUCGGGGCCGCACACCCCGUCUUCUGCUGCUUCCGCAACCUCUGCAACGGGGCGGAGGACCUCGCAUGGGGACGGUGA